UCGUCAUCAUUAAGAAUUGCAUCAAUCCAUAGGAAAAAUGCCCAAGUUUUUGGUUUCCAUGGCGAUUUACUAGCGAUAAAGGAGCGGCUUUGCGGAGAACCGUCGAAACUCCAAGUGAUCCCAAUAGUUGGCAUGGGUGGUAUUGGUAAGACUACUCUUGCUCGAAAUGCUUAUCUCGAUCCCUUAAUUAUCGAGUGUUUCGAUGUUCGUGCCUGGGUAACCGUAUCGCAAGAUUAUAGCGAAGAACAAAUUCUUUUGGGUCUGCUCGAGAUCAUACCGCAUGUCAUCCUGACUAAUGUGAGUAAUGAAGAAAAAGUGUACAAAAUCUUGAAGGGUAGGAAGUAUUUGAUUGUAAUGGAUGAUAUGUGGAGUACGAAGGUUUGGGAUGAUGUAAGGAGGAUAUUUCCCGAUGAUGAUAAUGGGAGCCGAGUCGUUUUAACGACUCGGCUUUUGGAUGUGGCUGCUUAUGCCGAUUCUUCUAGCCCUCUUCACGAGAUUCGACUCAUGGAUAUUGAUCAAAGUUGGGAUUUGCUUCAAAGUAAGGCGUUUGCACCCGGAGAACGCUGUCCUUAUGAAUUGGAGCACAUUGGGAAAAAGAUUGCGGGAGGUUGUAGAGGAUUGCCUCUCGCAAUUGUUGUGAUUGGAGGGCUUCUCUCUACAUUGAGUAGAACUCGAUCGUCAUGGGAGGAGGUUGCGGAAAAUGUAAAAUGGGCCAUUAAUUCUACGAAAGAUGGGCACAUUGAAAAGAUAUUGUCUUUGAGUUACGCCCACUUGCCUCAUCAUUUGAGGCCGUGUUUCUUGUACAUUGGUGCCUUUCCAGAAGAUCACGAGAUUCGUGCCUCGAAGCUCGUCAAAUUAUGGGCAGUCGAAGGGUUUAUAAUGAAAUCAAGUGUAUCUAAAGGCUUUGAAGAGAUGGGUGAAGAAUACUUGGAGGAUUUUGUGAAGAGAAGUCUCGUGUUGGUUUCCGAGAGAAAAUCUAAUGGGAAAAUCAAGAGUUGCAGACUCCAUGAUGUUAUUCGGCAGUUGUGCAUUGGAAAAGCAGAGCAAGAGAAGUUUCUUCUACAUGUUACGGAUAGAAAAGUUGAAGAAAAAAACACAAUACAAAAUUAUCGCCGCCUAUGUAUAACUCAAUUUGAUUUAGGCUGUCUCGGAAAAAUCCACGGCUCGACCACUCGUGCCAUUAUAUGCUUCUCGCGACCGACAGAUUCUCCGCCACAGAAUUUACGACAUUUGAAAUUCCUCAGGGUGUUGGAUUUGGUGUACGAUCACCUCAACUUAUACUACGGUGAUCAAAUUGCGUGGAUUCCUUCUCAAGUGUUUGAGUCAUUUCACUUGAGGUACUUUGUCUUCAACUUUCCUUCGACACCAUGUGGCUAUAUGUAUAAGAAUAUUCUAGAAGGCAUGUCAAGCCUUCGGAAUCUUCAAACAUUGAUCGUUCUUUCAAGGAAGAACAAGACAUGUAAAGUAAACUUACCAUUUGAAAUCUGGAGUAUGCCACAGCUAAGGCAUCUCGUAUGUAACUACUUUGGUCAGUUACCAAAUCCAGAUCAGGAGAGAGAAACCACUUGUGCUCUAGAAAACCUGCAUACACUUUCGGCGGUGACGAAUCUUUUAUGUACCAAAAGCAUCGUUCAAAUGAUUCCGAACGUUAAGAAGUUGGGUAUUAUAUAUUACGAAGAAGAAUGUGACCCUCAAGACUAUCACUUGGAGAAUCUUGUACUUUUCCAUCAACUCGAGAAAUUGAAAAUAAUCGUGUCAACUCGGUGGACGAAGGUUAAUCCUAUUUUUCCUUUGACGAUCGAAAAGUUAACCUUGAAAGGUUGGGGAUUUUCAUGAGAAGAUAGGAUGAGGGUUAUCGGUUCACUGCCUAAUCUUCAAGUGCUUAAACUAAGAGAUUGCAAUUACUGUUGGAACCAAUGGGAGACAAGUGAGGGGGGAUUUCUUGAGCUGAAAUAUUUACUAAUUUGCAAUUCUAAUCUCAAGUAUUGGAUAACUGAAACUAGUCAUUUCCCAAGGCUAAUAAGCCUUGUGCUGCAUAAUUUUCGGUAUCUAGAAGAGAUUCCGGACGGUAUUGGAGAAAUUCCGACACUUGAACUGAUCGAGCUGAAGAAUUGUCGCAAAACUCUUGCGGAUUCGGCUGAAAGAAUACAAGAGGAACAACAGGACUAUGGAAACGACGCAUUUCAAGUUCGUUGCGUGGAUUGUGAAUAUUGAUUUUAUUUUCGAUUACCUAUUUGUAUA